GUUAAUUCUUAUUGGAUGUCAGUGUAACAUUAAUUUACACUGACAAAACAUAUCCAAUAAACUCAAAUUGAAAGUUGAACUGUGGGAAUUUUCAUCAGCGGCAGAUUGCCGAAGGCCAAAAAUCUGCCAACCACACCAACGUGGCAACGUCAUUUAUAGCGGUUGUCCAAAAAUCUGUCACGCUACGGUGGUGCCAUCGGCCGUAUUCAACAACACUGACUCCAAGUACAUUGAUUGUGCCAACUUCGUCAUUAAUCGACUGCAAAGAAUCCAAAUAUAAUAUUUAUGUUAAAUCAUUGGCUUACUUAAUUUUUUAUGUUUGAAGGACCCCAUGAUGUCAGAAUUAGAAUGAUAGCUGUUGGAAUAUAUGGGAGUGAUGUUCACUACCUCAAGAUUUUAUAGUUAAAGAACCGAUGGUUAUUGGUCACGAGUGUGCUGGGAUCAUAGAAGAAGUCGGUAGUCAGAUACAGACUUUGGUGCCUGGUGACCGUGUGGCGAUCGAGCCUGGGAUCAGCUGUUGGCCUUGUGACCAUUGCAAACUUGGUCGAUAUAAUCUUUGCCCUGAGAUGAAGUUUUUUGCUACUCCACCAGUUCAUGGUUCCUUGGCUAAUCAGAGAAUCUGAACCAAAUUCAUGGGAAGAUACAAUGAAAGAUGAAUUGGUUCGUGAAAAAUAUCCUCGUAUGCCUUGGCAUGAUGUUCAUUGUGCCCUUUGAGGACCACCUUGUCGUGACAUUGCUAGGCACUUUGUUCGGCGAUGAAAUUAUGCCAAGAGGAACAAAGCUCCGCAUGAACAACAAAUACCAUUACUUAUGCCUCAACAUCAUAUGGUUAUUUCCCAUUACUUGGGAAGCAAUGAGACACCAAAUGAAAUUCAGGACAAUGUCAAUGAUAAAGCCUUCAAGAGAGAAGAUUCAUUUUCCUCAUGUUGCCAAGACCAAGAUAUUCCUCUACUCCUGCCUCAGGAACCGGUUGGGUUGGAUAUUCCUCCAGGACUCCCAAAACCAAAUGGGCGAAACUCCUCUCAACAUAACCAUGACAAGCCAAGAAGGAUAAGAACUGGCCUUCCUUUCUCAUUCCGAAGGGCCAAAGUAGCAGCAGUUGGUCCGGAUACACCAAUGAAGGGCUUUGUAGAUGAUCUUGACUCUGAGCAUUAUCACGAGAAAAUGCCUCAUGAUAGAGUGUCUCAUGUUGAUUCACAAAAUACAGAUCUGGAAUGGUGGGAUACUCAAGAGCGGGAUGAUCAGGGAGAUUUUGCUGAUGAAUCUGGACAAAUUGGUCCUCGUGCUUCGUGUCGUUGUCAGGUUAUUAGAAGCGUCAGUCAAUGGUCCGCCAGAACAAGUCAAACUGAAGAGAGCAUCCACCAUGCUUAUUGCUCUCAUUGAGAAAGCUGAAUACUUCAUCUACAUCGAGAGCCAGUUUUUUAUCUCGGGUCUUUCUGGAGAUGAUAUGAUACGUAAUCGUGUGUCAGAAGCUUUAUAUCGGCGGAUUAUGCGAGCUUAUAAUGAAAAAAAAUCUUUUAGGGUUAUAAUCGUCAUACCGCUCCUGCCUGGCUUCCAGGGGGGGAUUGAUGAUGGUGGUGCAGCAUCUGUGAGAGCCAUAAUGCAUUGGCAGUAUCGAACCAUUUGCAGAGGGCCGCAUUCUAUCUUACAUAAUCUUCAUGAGCUUCUUGGUUCAAGAGUACAUGACUACAUCUCUUUUUAUGGUCUAAGGAAUUAUGGUAGACUCUCUGAUGGUGGUCCUGUGGCAACCAGCCAGGUAUACGUUCAUAGUAAAAUCAUGAUUAUUGAUGAUUGUAUUAGUUUGAUUGGAUCUGCUAAUAUUAAUGAUAGAAGCUUACUCGGCUCCAGGGACUCUGAGAUUGGUGUAGUUAUAGAAGACAAAGAGUUGACUGAUUCUUAUAUGGAUGGAAAGCCUUGGAAGGCAGGGAAGUUUUCUUUGACUCUUCGAUUAGCAUUAUGGUCUGAACACUUGGGUCUCCCGGCAGGAGAGGUCAAUCAAAUAAUGGACCCAAUUGUUGAUUCUACAUACAAGGAUAUUUGGAUGACAAUAGCAAAGGUAAUAAGAAAGAUUAAGGGUGUAUGUUUAUUACUAAUUUGAAUUAUAAUAUAUCUGUAAUGAGUCCUGGAUCAUGUAUGGCAUGAGCUU